AAAACUUCACAUUGCUUUCUUGAAUCACAUGUAAACAACUCAUGUGAAAAACCUAACAUAUGCUGCUGUCAACAGCCAGUGAUUUAUCGCUGUAAGGAUUUUCUCUGAUGCAUGAUUCUUUAGCGCUGAUUAAAUAGAUGCUCGGCAAUCAGCAAUGAGAAGAAAACAGAGAACCAUUGUCAGUGAGAGACAACUGCGCAACAGAAUCAGGAAAGAUGCCGCUCACCUUGAAGCGGAAGGAGCACUAAUUCACGGCUCAAUAACACCACCUCUUCAACCGACAUCGUUAGUCGAGAGUGAAGAAGAAGAACUUGGCGCAUCAUUUCACGAUUCACCGCCACCUCCUCACGAUUUUCCUGACUCAUCUCUUCAAAAAACAGUCGAUCUUCACCUUCUCACAGACUGCGAUUCCCAAUAUGAUAGUAGUCAAGAUUCAUACGACUCCUACGAAUAUGGAAGUGAUCCCGAAGGGGAACCUGAAGGAGGAGACCGUAGAGAAGAUUGGGAUUUUGGAGAAUGGGAAGACGAAUAUUUAUUACCACCCGCAGUGACAGAACAGGAACAGUUGAUCCGAGACUUGGCUGCUUGGACAGUUUACUGCAACAUACCACGGACGCAUGUUAACAAGCUGCUGGUGAUUCUCCAAAAACAUCCUAGUUACGAGUCUAUCCCUAAAGACUACCGCACUCUUCUCAAGUCCGUACGCAACGUUCCAGUAAAGUUAGUCGAUCCUGGUUCAUAUUUUCAUUUUGGAAUUGCCAAGGGUUUGUCACGGUCACUCCGAACUUUAGGACGUGAUAUGGGUUCUGACAUAAAGAUUUUUGUGAACAUUGAUGGUAUACCUAUCGCGAAAAGUGGCAGCAGUCAGUUUUGGCCUAUAUUAGGGAAGAUUGCUUGGGUGAAAAGAUCUAAGCCUUUUAUCAUCGGUGUUUAUUGGGGACCAAAGAAACCCAUAGAUGUCAAUAUCUAUCUCGCGGAUUUCGUAGAAGAGGCUACGCUGUUGGAGGUCACAGGCUUUUAUUUGUGA